AUGGCCGCAGUGUCCACGCCCGGCCCCGAUGCAAUUAGCCGGAACGGCCGGAGAGCGCCACGGAGCCGGCCUUUGUCCGCUGCCAAAGAAGGAAAGAGGUCAAAGCUGGAGCGGCCAGUUGUGCCUGAAUGGGGCAGCUCCACAAGGCAAGGCGGCCCUCGGAGCCCACUCGGGGCUGAAAGCGCUCCUGAGAGGCCGAAGCCAAGGGUCAAAGGCGGCCCAGAAGCCCCCAGGAGAGCCGAAAGGUGGCCCAGAAGCCCCUGGGGGAGCCGAAAGGUGGCCCAGAAGCCCCUGGGGGGCCCAGAGCUGACCCAGAAGCCCCCAGGGGAGCCCAAAGGCGUCCCAGAAGCCCCCAGGGGAGCCGAAAGUGGCCCAGAAGCCCCCAGGGGAGCCCAAAGGCAUCCCAGAAGCCCCUGGGGGAGCCGAAAGGUGCCCAGAAGCCCCCAGGGGAGCCCAGAAACAGCCCAGAAGCCCCUGGGGGGCCCAGAGCUGACCCAGAGGCCCCCAGGGGAGCCCAAAGGCGGCCCAGAAGCCCCUGGGGGGGCCCAGAAACAGCCCAGUCCCUUGGUUCUCAGCUGGCUCUGCCUGGCUGGGCUUCCCAUCUAG